GGGUUGCGGUACCUGCGGCGGGGGCCGGUGCGCGCCGUGCCCGCCGUGCCCGCUGUGUCCCCGGGCGGGGACCCUCCAGGCGCGGACCCACCGCGCCAGCGCCAGCGCCCGCAUCUCCCGCGUUCCCUUUUUCCGGGGCCGUGACGUCACAUCCCGUGCGCGACGUCACUCCGCCGCGCGCCGGAUGUGCGUCACGAGGAGGGCGCGCCCGGACGCGGCCCGGCGGGGCCGCCGCGAUGAACAGCGUGGGCGAGGCGUGCACGGAGCUCAAGCGCGAGUACGACCAGUGCUUCAACCGCUGGUUCGCGGAGAAGUUCCUCAAGGGCGACAGCGCCGGCGACCCCUGCGGGCAGCUCUUCAAGCGGUACCAGCUCUGCGUGCAGAAAGCAAUAAAGGAAAAGGACAUACCCAUCGAGGGCCUGGAGUUCAUGGGCCCGAGCAAAGGAAAAACUGAAAACUCCUCUUGACCUUGGCUGUGUGGGUGGAGUCACUGAUAUGAACCUUUGGACUAAGCACUAGCACCAGGUGUACCACCAGGUGCCACCUGGAUAAGACCUUUAGAUCUUUAUUAACUGCUUUCUAAGAAGCGAGGAAUCUUCUCUGCUUGCGAAAACAAACAGCUAAAAUCAAAAACCAAAAAGAUUGGAUCACGUGGCAACUGCUGCCUCUUUUCCAGUGAAUUUUGGUGGUGGUUCAGCACCUAACAGCUUAAAAAUCCAUGUGACCUAACUUCCUGUUGAAUGUACUCUGUAAUGGGGGAAUGCUGAUUGGAGCGGGCUGAGAUAAUUUCUUUGUGACUGGUUUCUUUUGCUUAUUUAUAUAACACUUGAAAGCGUUUAAAAAUGUGAAGGGGGUUGAUUUACUUUGUCUCCUCUCUAUGCUGCUGAAUUUUGGUGGAAGAAGUUUGUUUCAUGUCAUCCUGAACGUUGAGGGGCUAAAGCAUUAUUUUCUGUCAGCAACAGGGAUGGUCUGAAAGCACUACUGGGCCUUCAACAGCUUGGCUAAAAUAAAUAUAAUCAGGUUAUAUUUUGUUGAAGUUCA